AUGUCUUCAUUAUAUACUAAGUUGGUUAAAGGGGCGACCAAAAUAAAGAUGGCCCCUCCAAAGCAAAAAUAUGUGGACCCUAUUCUCUCGGGCACUUCGAGCGCAAGAGGAUUGCAAGAGAUUACCCACGCAUUGGAUAUAAGGUUGUCUGAUACAGCCUGGACCAUUGUUUAUAAGGCAUUGAUUGUGUUGCAUCUGAUGAUACAACAAGGCGAAAAAGAUGUCACGCUAAGGCACUAUUCCCAUAAUUUGGAUGUUUUCCAAUUGAGAAAGAUUUCGCAUACUACUAAGUGGUCUUCCAAUGAUAUGAGGGCUUUGCAGAGAUACGACGAAUACCUAAAAACACGUUGUGAAGAGUAUGGCAGGCUAGGUAUGGAUCACCUACGAGACAAUUACUCCUCGCUAAAGCUGGGCAGUAAGAACCAGCUUUCAAUGGAUGAAGAGCUAGAUCAUGUUGAAUCAUUGGAAAUUCAAAUUAAUGCCUUGAUAAGGAAUAAAUACUCUGUUUCAGAUUUAGAAAACCAUUUGUUAUUGUAUGCAUUCCAAUUGUUAGUACAAGAUUUACUAGGUCUGUACAAUGCUCUUAAUGAAGGUGUCAUUACACUUUUAGAAUCAUUCUUCGAAUUGUCCAUUGAGCACGCAAAAAGAACACUGGAUCUCUAUAAGGAUUUCGUGGAUAUGACAGAAUAUGUUGUUAGAUACCUAAAAAUAGGAAAAGCUGUCGGUUUGAAAAUCCCCGUUAUCAAACAUAUUACUACAAAGUUAAUUAACUCCCUUGAGGAGCAUUUGAGAGAGGAAACAAAAAGACAAAGAGGUGAACCUUCUGAACCGCAGCAAGAUAGAAAACCAUCUACGGCCAUUAGCUCUACCAGUAGUCACAAUAACAACAGCAAUGACAAGAAUAAGUCUAUAGCGCAGAAGAAACUGGAACAGAUAAGGGAACAAAAAAGACUGCUGGAGCAACAAUUACAAAACCAACAGUUGCUCAUUUCCCCCACGGUCCCACAAGAUGCUUACAACCCAUUUGGAUCACAACAGCAAGAUUUAAAUAAUGACACCUUUUCAUUCGAACCAACCCAGCCACAAAUGACCGCUCAAGUCCCUCAACCAACUGCUAACCCCUUCUUGAUACCGCAACAACAGCAACAGGCUUUACAGUUGACAUCUGCGUCUACAAUGCCACAACCAAGUGAGAUACAGAUUACUCCAAAUUUGAAUAAUCAACAAACUGGGAUGUAUGCUUCUAACCUUCAAUACACCCCAAAUUUCACCGGCUCAGGGUUCGGCGGAUACACGACCACCGAGAACAAUGCAAUUAUGACCGGCACUUUAGAUCCAACAAAAACGGGGUCUAACAACCCAUUUUCGCUAGAAAAUAUUGCCAGAGAACAGCAACAACAAAAUUUCCAAAACUCCCCAAAUCCUUUUACCCUCCAACAAGCACAAACCACCCCGAUUCUUGCUCAUAGUCAAACAGGUAAUCCAUUUCAGGCUCAAAACGUGGUGACAUCACCAAUGGGCACAUACAUGACGAAUCCCGUGGCCGGUCAACUUCAGUAUGCCUCUACUGGUGCGCAGCAGCAACCACAAAUGAUGCAGGGUCAGCAAACAGGGUAUGUUAUGGUUCCCACUGCGUUUGUCCCCAUCAAUCAACAACAGCAACAACAGCAGCAUCAGCAAGAAAAUCCUAACUUAAUAGAUAUAUAG